CCCAGCCGAGGGCUUCUUAGGAGCCAGAGCCCUGAUGCCUACCUGCCUCCUCGGGAGGACUCAAUAAUUCAGGCGGCGGCUGGCAAGGGGCCAAGCUCCCAUCCCCUCCCCUCCUCUCCCCCAUCCUGCCGCCUCCUCUUCGCUUGCCCUCCCAUCUCUACCUCCAGCCUUCCCUAGCGCAGCCAUGAAGGAGGGUUGAGUUCUGCCACCUUCAGUUGCCUUUCGCAGCGCGGGAAGUUGGCACCGGGCAGCGCCUGCUGCUAAGGCGAUCCUGGGGGGCUGAAAAGAGGCAAAGGGAGGGAAUCCAGAGCGGUGAGCUUUUCCUGCGGGAAGUAGGAGGCUGCCUGAACCUCGGACUCCGCGAUGGACCCCAAGGAGCGGAAGAAAAUUCAGUUUUCGGUGCCUGCGCCGCCCAGCCAGCUGGACCCCCGUGCAGUGGAAAUGAUCCGUCGUCGGAGACCAACCCCAGCUUUGCUUUUCCAGCUGUCAGAAACUUCCUCCCCUGAUGAAGCAUCCCCGUAUCAGAGAACUCUGGGUGAAGGCUACCACCUUAAAAACAAAAGAAAUGCACCCUGUGUCUACACCCCCCCUUCUCUUAAAGCUGUGCAACGCCUAGCACAAAGCCAUCUGGAAUCCAACAGUUCCUGGAUGGAUGAAGAGUAUGCUGAAGAUGUUGAGGAAGAGGAAGAAGAGGAAGAGGAGGAGGAGGAGGAAGAAGAAGCUCAGGAUUCAGAUGACACUGUUAGGGAGAUGACUGGCCUGUAUAAGCCAGGAGCAUCCCAGGGGCAGAAACAGCUGGGUCCAGCUUCCAAGGCAAGACUGCUAAGGCAAUGCACUGUCUUGGAAAAUAAGCCCAAGGAAUCUGAGCAUCCAGUCUACCCAGCUCUCUCCAAAUCACAGAAACGGAAAGGUGGGCAGAAAGUAUCCUUUGCAGGAUCUGUUGAGGAAGUCCCUACUGGACCAGAGAAGUCAGAAGGGGCUGAUGCCCCAGAACAGGAGACAAAUGUGAAGCUGGAAGAGGGAGACCCACCACUAACAGAUCAUGACAUGGAACAGAGUCACUCUAGUUGGGAAGAGAGACCUCCCUGUGCUGUUAAACUGGAAAACCGUUCUUCUCCACCCCCAAUCCACACUACCACCUAGCACUCAAGUGAAGUAUAGUUUUGAGAGAUAUCCUGUUGAUGGCAGUCUCUCAUUUUUCACAAGACCAGUUGGAUUAUUUCCUUUAACAACUAUUUUCUCUCUUAUUCUCUUUUCUGUUCUGAGUUUGUAUCUUAUUUGGCAGUGUUUGGUUAUGUUCAGUGAAUUAUUCAGUAGAAGAGUGAAGGGAGGGAAGGUGAAUGGAAAGCUGUCUAGAAAUGAACCUUCAUGUUCAAAGGCAAAAUAUCUCUGAUAGCCUGUUGUUGUGGACAUGUGACAGGAUGGCUAUUUUUAUUGUGCCUUGCCUAUAGAUUUCUCUGCAGGGGGGAAGGAGGGGGCAUCCACACAGCCACUGUCUGACCUGCAACACUGGGCUAGAUGCUCAUUUGGUGGAAGCUAGCAUGAUCAUUCUUUUUUAAUGUUUCUGCUCACCCAUCCAGACCUGAGGAUUUUAUGAAUGUGGUUUGUAAGAUUAAUAAUUAUCUUAUCCAAGGAAAUCAGAUUGCUGGGGUGCUUCCAGACACAUAGCGGCUUGUUCUAGUAAUCCAAAAGUAUUAUAUUACUAUGUUAAUUUUCAUUAUUUAAAAAAAAAUGAAAACUCUUGUGUGUUGGGGGGAGGGAGAAACAGAAGAGAAUGUUAUAACUGGAAAGCAAUGUCCUCUGUAAACCAUGUAAAAUGUCAUCAAGGAGGUUGAUUACACAAUAAAUUCCUUGUCUGGCAGCACUUCUUAUCUGAAAGUAUUGCCAUUUGAUUUCUGAAAACCAGAUUUGAAAAUGCUCAGGUAUUUCAGCAACUAGCACUUGUAGGUGGAUUCAGAUGAAUAACCUAAAGGGAGAUCUUUAACCUCUGUCUCCCACAUCCAGUGUUCCAUUCAAUGCUCAGAAAGCUACAAUUCAAGAUCCAAUCACUUUGUAUAGUUGAACCUGCUCUCUCUCUCGCUCUCUCCGCCACACCCUUCCCCCUGUAUAUUGGGCAAUGCCUUUCCAUGUUUGCUCUAUUAAAGCUUUGUAAAUAAAUACUGUGUUUAAAGAGUAUUUUAUGGAGGGAACAGCCACCAACCAGAGUUUAAGCCAGUUCUUCCUUAGUGCAUCAGCCAGGACAUACAGAAGGAAAAGUUUCACAACUUUGUGGUGUUGACUUUCUGUAAAUAAUCUCUAAGUCAGUGUUUCCCAAUCAGAACAACUUUGAGGUGAGUGGACUUCAAGUCCCAGAAUUCCCCAGCCAGUAUAUAGGUAUGUAAGGUAUGUAAAAACAUUAGGACAAAUUUGGGAGGGUGGGAAGGAUGGAUCCAUUAUGAUUCCCCCAAUGUUCAUCUCCAGCAAAACCUUUAUUUUGGCUUCCAAAAAGCAGCCCAACCAAACCACCUGUCAAAUAUUCAAGACUGGGCUUUUUGUAGUAAAGAAAUCAAGUGGGUGCUUAAAAACAUCAACAACAGUUGGCUUGCUUAUAUGUUCAUUUAUAUGUUACUUCAACUUCUAUGCUGCUUCAGUCUGCAUGACUUUAAAGUGCAGUUAGUAGAGCUGUUACAAUCUACUUCUCCUCUCUGCAUGGUUUUUUUUAUACAGAGUCUGAGAUCCAGUUCAGUGCCCUUCAAAUGUACUGUAUAAUUCCCUGCAGUCAGUAUCUAUCUAUAUGGGGCAUCAAGUCAGAGACAAUUUAAUGAAACUAUGAGGUAAGACAUGUCUAUCGAUCUCAAGGAAAUGGAACACGUUCUUUGUGAUCCUAGCUCUGCCACCUGUGGGCAUCUCCCUCAUGAAAGCAGCCAGGAAGGUGAUGCAAGGCUAGUUUCAAGCUGUGGUGAAUACUUCUUUGGGAGAGGGGGGUGAUAUCACUUGCCCUGAAGGAAGCAAUAAUGCACCCACUCCUUAAGAAGCCAUCCUCUGACCAGCUGUUUUGGGUAACUAUCAGGCUGCCUCCAACCUUCCCUUUCUUGGAAAGGUGGUUGAGAAGGUAGUGGGCCAGUAGUUAUAGAGAGCGCUAGAUGAAGCAGGUUAUCCAGACCCUUUUUAAUUAGGAUUCAGGCCUGGGUAAAGGACUAAGACUGUACUGGUUGCUGUUGUGGAUAACUUUUGGUGUGACCUAUAAGGAGGAGUGCCACCCUCCUGGCUGACCUCCAUGACCCUUGAUACCAUCAGUCAUGGUAUCCUACUGGACUGUCUAUGAGAGUUGCAAAUUGGUGGCCUUCAGAUUCUAGAUUAAAUGCAUAUUUGACUCUGGAUGGGGUUGUGCACCCCCAUACAGAAUAGGUGUGCAAUAUGGAAUUCUGAACUCACAGCUCCUGCUGGAAAUGAAGGUGGCAGUUAUGGCCAGGAAGCUUUUGCACAGGCUCAGUUUGUGUUCCAGUUGCAGAUAAUCACUCAUGUCCUUGUCAUUUCACAUCUUCAUUCAUUUCACAUCUCCCUUCUCUGAAACAACUUAACCCUAGAAACAGGGAGAAUUCCAUUGUCUGUUAGAAUUUUAGGGAGCUAUUAAAACCUGGUUCUUCCAAAGAGUUUGGGAUAUGCAAGUAUUGUUCUGAGAUUAAGAGGAGGCACCACAAAAAUUGAUGGCAAAAGUUAUAAUUGUGAUACAUUUAUACUACUGAUUUUGUGGUAGUUUGAUUAUUAUUAUUUUUAGACUGAAUUAUCAAAAGUGAAAAUUGGUUAGCCCU